AUGGCUUCACAAAAGGAUCCCAUCAGGGCAAGAGAAGAUAUAACCGGAAAGGAAGUGAGGGCGGAGGAGGCUGCCAGGACCGCCGCAGAUGAGCUCCGAGACGUCAACAAACAAAGAGGAGUUGGCGGUGGCGCAGGGGAAGUUGUUAUCGAGCACCAUGAGACACCAUCUGACCAGAACCGUCCCGGUAUUAUUGGAAGCAUAUUUCAAACGGUUACCGGCACCUUCGGAAGCGCCAAAGAUGCAGUGAUCGGAAAAACUCAUGAAGCCACCGAGAAGGCGUCAGUGGUCUCCGGCGAAGCUGCAGAGAGAGAAAGACAAAACAGAGAAGAAACAACACGAAAGGCGGAGGAGUACAAGGAUUCCGCCGCUCAAAAAGCAAAAGAAGCCAAGGAUACAACAAUGGGGAAAGCCGGCGAGUAUAAAGACUACACUGCACAUAAAGCAAAAGAAACCGCCGACUCGGCUGCACAGAAAACGAAAGAAGCGAAGGACACUACAAUGGGGAAGAUGGCGGAGUACAAAGAUUACGCUGCUGAGAAAACAAAAGAAACAGCCGAUGCAACUGCACAGAAAGCAAAACAAACCGCUGACUCUGCUGCCCAGAAAACGAAAGAAGCGAAGGACACUACAAUGGGGAAGAUGGGGGAGUACAAAGAUUAUGCUGCUGAGAAAACAAAAGAAACCGCUGACGCAACUGCUCAGAAGGCCAAAGAAGCAAAAGAUUAUACUGCUGAUAAAGCCAUAGCAGCAAAAGAUUAUACCACUGAGAAGGCAAAAGAAGCCAAGGAUGCAACAAUGGAGAAGAUGGGUAACGCAAAAGAUUACACCGCUGAUACAGCAGUGGCUGCAAAGGAUUACACCGCCGAUAAGGCAACUGAAGGGAAGGAUACUGCUGUAGGGAAAAUGACUGAAGUGAAGGAUUCAGCUACAGGUAUUGCAAGGAAAGCUAUGGACUUUUUCACCGGCAAGAAGGAUGAGGCUAAAGAAAAGAUGACUGAAACUAGUGAAGCUACAAAGGGGACGUUAACGGAGACGGAGGAAGAUGCAAGGAGAAAGAUGGAGACUAUGCAUCUGAAAGAUCAAGGAUAUGAGGCGAGGGGAACUGGUGUUGACAUUUCUGGAGGUGGGAAGCGUGAUGAUGUGGUGAGGAUGACUGAGGACACGGCGGAGGCACUGAGAAAAGCUGAUCAGAUGACUGGUCAAACAUUCAAUGACGUUGGAGGUUUUGACGAAGAUCUUGGGGAAGCUAAAGGAGUGUAUCGUGUGCAACUUAAGAAAGAAACGCAUCGCAAGUGA